AUGGAUAUCAUUGAAUCACGAACAGGAGGUCACAAUGAUAAAAAAUCUCGAAUCAUGGAUCUUGCAACAUUGAAGUUUAUUGACACUUAUGACUUUCAAUGGCCAGUCAAUGUAUAUAUCUGUGAAUAUUUCCCCUUAAAUAAUGAAGCUUCAAUAUUUAUUUACAAUUUCAUUCCAGACAAAAAUUUAUUGUGUGUUGUUGGCGAUGAUACUGACACUGUUGUUGCAAGUGCUGACUCAGGAAAAAAUAUUGCGACUCUUAAAGGUCACAUUGACUAUUCUUUUGCAUGCUGUUGGAGUCCAGAUGGACGGGUUAUCGCAACAGGAAAUCAAGGUGCCGUGAGGUCACUUCAUUUUUCUGAAGAUGGACGGUAUUUAGCCAUGGCAGAACCGGCUGACUUCGUUCAUAUAUUCGAUGCACACACUUUUGAUCGAUCUCAAGUAAUUGAUUUGUUCGGCGAAAUUGCGGGUGUCACUUUUACUCCGGAUACAGACGGACUAUACAUAGCAAAUGCUGAUGAGAACUAUGG